AUGACGCUUGUUAAGGAGAAAGAUUCUAAUCGCAAGAAAAAGACCAUAUCCUGGGAUGAAACUUGUAUACGAGAGCAGGAUAAAGAGCGUGGUACUAGAAUGAAAAUCACGGAGGUGUCUACACCCUUUAAUUACGCUUCGUGGGACUUGGGAUCGGAGGACGAGGAUUCUGGUAACCCGAAUCUCAAGAUCGAUCACGAACAUAUGACAGAAGAGGUGACUAGUAGGUUGAAAAAGAUUCAGGAAGAGCACGAACGCAAGAGAAUGUUCCAGGAAUAUCGCAAAAAGCAUUAUGAUGAAUUUAAAAUAGCAAAGGCUCUAAAGGAGGAUGGAACGCUUACGGAGGGAGAUGACAUUCUAUAA